CGUAGCCUUGGUAGGGGGAGGGUGUACAGUGCGUCGCUCCGUACCGUGUGACUGGUUGCGCCGAGAGAAACUUAUCGUGUAACAGUUCUGUGAAAAUGAAGCGACGUAAUGAGAGACUCUGAUGAAAGACGGAACAAUGGGAAACUGAUAAAUGAGGAAAUAAGGAAAAAUACAAGUUAAAAUACAAGAAUUACUGACUUAUAACUGUUGAAUUAGGACGAGAAGUGAACGAAAGAAAGGAGAAGGAAGGAAAAUAAGAAUAACGAAAUGAGGAACUGAUGAAAAAUGGGAAUAGAGAGAGAGAAAAAAUAUAUUAGACUACAUUAUUAAACUAGCAUAGUGAAUAGAUAAGAGGAUAAAUAAAAAAAAGAAAAGGAAAAGAGGAAUUAGUGAAUGAUAAUGAAAGAAAGAUGAACUGAAUGAAAGAAAAGGAAAAUGAAGGAAAACGGAAAAUUAAGAAAAAGGAACUGAUGAAAAUGUGGAUGAAGGAAAUAGAGAAAGAGAGAGAAAAGAGAAGAAUGGUGUUGAGAAAUAAUGAAUGAAGUAAAGAAAUGAAUGGAAGGAAGGAAAACGAAGGAAAAUAAGAAUGAGGAAUUGGGAAACAAACUAAUAAAAUAAGAAAAACAAACAAACAAACAAACAAACAAACUGAAUAUCACAAAUAUAAGCCAAAAAAACAUAAAUAAAGAAAAAAACAAACAAAAACAACAUAAAAUAAAAAACAAAAACAAAAAACGAAAAAUAAACAAACCAAUCAACAACCCAACAGAAAACGGGGAUGUGAAUUUAAAGGGGGACUCAAAAAAAACCUCACCCGUUUUCUUUGCGUCGUGGUGAUUUCAACGCGAGCACAGAGAGUGAUCUUGUCCCCUUCCCUAUGUCACGCCCACACGCCCACACCUACGCCCCAUAGCCGCCCAUGAUGGCCCUUCACGCCCUUACCGGCCUCCGCGACACAAUGGCCCAGGCUGUGGGCGGGUGUGUGCGCGGCGGCGAGGACAAGGGAGGAGGAGGAGGCGCCCCCCCUGACACCCCCACCGCACCCCCCACCUGGGCAGGGCUUAAACAGGGCCUGCACGACCUCCCCUGGCCUGCAUGGGGGAGCCUGAAGGACUCCCUCAGGCCGGACUGGGAGUGGACCAAGAACCCGCCCUGGAGGGACCUACCCAGACCGGACAUCAGCGCCCCUUCCCUGCAAGACUUAAGGUCAAGUCUAAGUGAUCUGAGCCAGAGUUUGCAUGAGCGGGUGACCUCCUGGAGCGAGCGGGUGACCUCUGGGGCGUGGGCGGGCGAGCAGCGGGGCAGGGCGCGGCGCAGGACCAUGAAGAGAGGCGGCAAGAUGAGGCGCGGGGACUGGUACUCCUCCUGUUUCUGCUUCAAGGGGCCAGAACCUCCCCAAAUAGAACAUGUGAUAUCCGAGCAGCCACAGAUGGUACAGGUGGCGCCCCCUCCUAACAUGACCGAUGACCUGAAACCUGAGGAACUCCAAACGAAAGUCACCGAACUCCUGGACGAGUUGGAUCUAACCACGGUUCAGAAAAAUGGAAUUCUCAACUUUCCACCAGAGAAACAACUACAGCUUCUUUAUGACUACCACACCCUCAAGUCGUCCAACAAGGUGGAACGGGUGGAGUCUUACAUCGCAAAACUGGAGGAAUACUCAGAGAUGCGAGCCCCGACUGACCAGUACCAGGAACACUCUUGGCUCAAGUACACGGAGGGGCUUAGGACGGCGCUGGGCACUCAGAGCAACACAUUCGUCAAUGAGUUUAUAGAGGCGGGUGGUCUGGCCUCCCUCCUGCAGUUCCUCACGCAGAUGGACGACUCAACUUUCCAGUCCAGCAUCCACAUGAAUGUUAUUGCUUGUGUGAAGGCUCUGAUGAAUAAUUCGAACGGACGCAAGCACAUCCUGGCGCAUCCAACUUGUAUGAACGUAAUUUCUCAAAGCCUCACCACUGAGCACCUUAAGACGAAGACCCUGGUGCUGGAGAUCCUCGGGGGCGUGUGUCUUCUGCCAGGGGGACACAAGAAGGUGCUGGAGGCGAUGCUACACUUCCAAAAACACGCCUGGGAGAGGACGAGGUUCCAGACACUCAUUGUUGACUUGGAUCGCUCCUUCGGUAACUUCGUGGAUGAACUGGCCCUUAAAAUCGCCGCCAUGUCCUUUAUUAACGCCAUAAUACGCUGGGGCCCGGGAGAAGACUCGCUGGAAUUCCGCCUCCACCUUCGAUAUGAGUUCCUGAUGCUCGGAGUUCAGCCAGUCAUCGAGAAACUACGGGCCCUACAGAACGAAAUCCUCGACACGCACCUUGACGCCUUCGAAUUCUACCGCGCCGAGGACGAGAGGGAGUGGGCACGGCGCUAUGAAGAGGUACACGUGGACACCAAGAGCGCGUCCUCCAUGUUCAGACUCCUGCAGGGGAAACUUCAGUAUUCUGCCGCAUACCCACACUUCCUGUCCCUCCUCCACCACCUCCUCCUGCUGCCUAGUGAGUAUGACGUCAGCGCGCCCGACCACUGGAUCCUGUUUGACCGAAUACUGCAGCAGCUGGUGACCCAAGCAGAGGAUGGGACAGAUGGCGAGGUGGCCCUGCUAGACAUCAAUGUGAACAGUAUAGUCAAGCUCAUCGCCAAUGAGAGAGAACUGACAGAAAGUCGCAGAAAAAUUACAAAAUUAGAAGCGGAUUUUGCUGAUGUGGUAACUGACUUGAACAGGAAGGAGCAGGAACUGUACUCAACCACACAGGAGAAGGAGGAGGUGACCCAGACGCUGCACCAGGUGAGGGCACAGCUGGAGGCGGAGGUGAGGACGUGUGGGGAGACGCAGCAGAAGGUUGUUGAGCUUGAGGGUACUGUAACCUCCCUGACACAGCAGCUUAGAGACCUGGCUGCCGGCUCGCUCUCUGAUGAUGUCAAGGCUUCCAUCGCUAAAUCCAAGCCCCCCCCUCCCCCACCACCUAUGAUGAACGGUGGGCCCCCUCCCCCUCCCCCCAUGAUGAAAGGUGGCCCCCCUCCCCCUCCCCUCACCAAUGGGGGCCCACCUCCUCCCCCAGGAUCAGGAAAGGCAUUUAAACCCCCUAAGCAGGUGCCCAAGUCAGCCAAUCAGCUCCGAGCAUUCAACUGGGCCAAAAUGCCAGAUGGUCGGAUCAACAACACAAUCUUUGCUGGUCUUGACGAGUCCCCGCUGUACAAAUUUAUGGAUUUAGAGGACAUUGACAAGACCUUCGAUGCCUCAGCAGGGAAGAAAGGGAAUGGAGAGGGAGAGAAGACACUGGAGAGGAUGAAGUCACAGAGAAGUCAGCAGAUCAGUGUACUGGAGAACCGGCGCCAGCAGAACUGUACUAUCUUACUGUCUAAACUGAAGAUGACCAAUGAGGGACUGAUCAGGGUCCUUCUGAAGAUGGACAGUGAUGGAGAGCUUGCACCUGACAUGGUAGAGCAGCUCCUGAAGUUCACACCCACAGCAGAGGAGAAAGCAAUGCUGGAGGAGCACCUGGAUGAGAUAGAGAACCUGGCAAGGGCUGACCGCUUCCUCUACGAGAUUUCCAAAAUCGACCACUAUGAGGAGAGACUGAGAUGCCUACACUACCAGAAGAAAUUCCGAGAGAGGUUAGCAGAGUGUGAGCCGAAGAUGCAAGCCGUUGUGAGCACCACGAAGGAACUGAAGGGAAGCAAGCGACUUAAAAAAUUCAUCGAAGUUGUUCUGGCUUUCGGAAACUACAUGAAUAAGGGGGCACGAGGAGGAGCAUAUGGGUUCAGAAUGUCCUCCCUGAAUAAACUGACAGACACAAAAUCGUCACACAAUCGUAGCAUCACUCUCCUUCAUUAUAUUCUGCGUUUGUGUGAGAAGCAGUGGAGGGACAUCACUAGACUGGACGAGGACUUCCCCAACCUGAAGGAGGCAGCGAAGGUCAACAUCACAGAGCUGGAGAGAGAGAUCAGCGCAUUACGGCAAGGGCUGGACUUCAUUGAGAGGGAGGUCACUUGGCACAGAGGUCAGGGGUCACCGCCACCUGGUGACCGGUUCCGCCUUGCUAUGAAUGAGUUUACCGCGCUGGCGAAAGAUAAAUAUGCUAAUCUGGAGACCCUGUUUACCCUGAUGAAGAGUCAGUUUGAGACGGUGGUGGUCCUGUUCGGGGAAGACGCCAAGACCACACAGCCCGAGGACUUCUUCGGGACCUUUGACUCGUUCAUAGACACAUUCCGAGAGGCCAAGAGGGACCUGGAGAACAUGAGGAAGAAAGAAGAAGAGGAGGAGAGGAAGAAGAAGGAAUUGGAGCGCCGCGAGGUGGAGCGGGAGAGGCGUGCCAGGGAGAGGUCGACACGUGCGGGGGCUGGAGUGGGGCCAGGAGGGGCGGGGGGAGGCUCCCUGCAGGGGGCGGCCGGGGACAGCAGCUCGGGAGGGGAGAACGAGAAUGAAAAUGACUUCGACGACUUAAUCUCCGCCCUGCGCUCUGGAGAUGUGUUCGGGAAGGACAUCGACAAAAUGAGGAGGAAGAAGAAGCAUUCAUUUGCCGCUGGGUCAAGGGAGCGUGAGCGAGAGAGGGUGACUGGCUCUCACAAGUAUGCAUAAACACACUAUUAAACACUUUCGCGCUGCUGGUUCACCUUCACACUGCCCAGAAUCUCAGCCAUUCAGCACCAGAGGAACAAGAGUGGGUGUCUGUUGCUCAUUUGUGGACACCUUGUAGUCUAAUCUGGUGUUUGUCUGUCUGGUUCUCUGGCUGGCUGGCUGGCUGGCUGGCUGGCUGUCUGUCUGGCUGAGGUAGAAUGUUCUAUGUUCGUCAAUCUGUCAUUCGUGUCACAAAAGGAGAAGGAUGUAAGUCAAUGUGUAUUUCAUGCAUUUAUAGUCGUGUGUGUGUGUGUGUGUGUGUGUGUGUGUGUGUGUGUUGAGGUGAGAUGAGGUGAGGUAAGACACUUCUCCUUCAAUAUUCGCUUAUUAAUCCUGCUAGCAUCAAACACUCACACACACACACACACACACACACACACACACACACACACACACACACACACACACACACACACACACACACACACACUACUACCGGUGCUCCUGUAAUCAAGACCUGCCCUUCCGCUGCUGCUCAAGGCCACAACCUCCACCAAGCUGAGACAACAAGCGCACCAAAUAUCGCUGCCUGGGACCACUCACUCUUGCUUUUGCUGCCUCCAUCACUGCCAGCUUAUGUAAUGUGGAGUUUGCAUCUGUAACACACUUGUAUAUCCUCAGUCUAUCCUUUGCCCUGGCCAGAUUAGUGUGUGGUGGACAGAAGUAGGGCACAUGGGGUUAGAGAAGAGGUUAGGUUAGGAAAGGAGGUGUGUGGAAGAUUAUUUAAUUGUUGGAUAGACAAAAAGAGAUAGAUAGAGGAAGGAUAAGAGAGAGAGAGGCUAGCAGAAUAGAAAGGGAAGAUAAGAGAGAGAGAAGCUGAUAUGACAGAGAGAGAGAGAGAGAGAGAGAGAGAGAGAGAGAGAGAAGACAUGUACAGUAUAUUGGCUUGUGGUAAUGAUUUCUAGUGUUGAAUAGACCACCACCACCACCACCACCAUCACCACCACCUCCGAAAACAAAAACAAAAUAAUUAAACCACUUCUCUACACACACACACACACACACACACACACACACACACACACACACACACACACACACACACACACACACACACACACACACACACAUUCACAGAAGUAGGGCAUACUGUAGAACCCUCGGCAGUGACAACACGUAUAUUUUUUAAUUUUGUAUAUUAUGAAGCAGAGAGAGAAAUUAAAAAAAAAAAAAAAGUGAAGGAAAAAAAAUUGCCAUGGUGGUUUUUACGCAUUAGGCUUAAAAAGAAGAUGGAUUUUUUUAUUGAUGUUUAUACAAAAUGAAAUAUAAAACAAAAAAGAUGGAUUUAUAUUGUUGAAAUUAAUUAAUUAAACGUAGGAGACAAAAUUUUAACCCUAGGCUUACAUAAUAUGACCCAAGUGUCGCAUCUCCUUGCCGCGUUACAAACCUCUAUAAAAAAAAUAAAUAAACUACUUACAUUUGACUCUAAGUUAAGUUUUAAGUAAGUUAAGUCAAUCCUGUACAUGUAUCACUAAUUAAUAAGUAAAUCUACUACUGUAAUUUUUUUUUUAAGUGCUUUUUUUCGUUCUAAACUCGUGACGCAGAGCAAACAAACCUAACCUAAUCUGUAAAUAGCCCCUGUUUUCCCGUUUUCUAUAGUCCAUACCAAGUGCAGUAUUUGUGAUUUUCUGUGAUAAUUUUUUAUAGGUUUGUAUCAUCAGUGUGUCUUAUGUGGCCCUUGUAUCCCUCCCCUCUCCCCCCCCCCACACACACACACACACAUCCUAACACACCCUGACACACUCCGAGACGCCUCACCCUUGACCACAGGGGCUUGUCGAGGGCUGGGCUGGGCUGGGCUGGCUAAAAUGUUAGUUUGUUGACAGAUUGAGUGGGUAGACUGAAUGGGCUGACUGAAUGAGUGGUUAGCUAAGGGAAUGUUCUGAUUGGCUGGCUGACUGACUGACUGACUGACUGACUGAUUGACUUAAAGUUGAUAUUUUUACUUGAAAACAGGUAAACUACAAAUUUUUUAGGUGUUACGGACUCUCUCUCUCUCUCUCUCUCUCUCUCUCUCUCUCUCUCUCUCUCUCUCUCUCUCUCUCUCUCUCUCUCUCUCUCUCUCUCUCUCUCUCCAGCUAGCUUAACCAGUUUUCUUGAUCCUCCUCCUCCUCCUCCUCCUCCUCCCUCAUCACUCAUUCCUCUGUCAGUCAUUCAGUUCCUUCCGCCAAACUUGAUCACAUAAGACAGAUCUUUAUAUAGAUACCUUGUAUUCACCUCCUUUAUAAAUAUAUAUGUACAUACAAAUUUAUAAGUCUUUUCCUCUUCUCUUCUGCUUUCCCUAUACAUGCAUACAUACAUACAUACAUACUACCUAUACCUAUCUACCCUACCCUAAAUAAAGGAAAAUUUAAUCUCUGCUUAUACCAAAAUGAGAAAUGAUUGUCAAUAUUUCCACUGAGUACGUCCGCAUGUCUCGUUUUUCGAUACGUUAGACUCUCGAGAUUCUCACAAACAUAAACUUUCGCUCAAAAUGUCCGUCAUCCUAGUAGGCUAAAAAGACUUGGCUUAGCUUCCCACUCUUUGCCAAAUGCUCAUCAAAUUUAUAAUCAAAUGAAACCCUUAGCCUGUUCAUCCUUGCUGUUCUUCUAUAUCUGGUUAUGUUUGUUCUCUCCUCCAUAGUCCUUGUAUAUCUCUCCUGGUGGGGGUUAGCAGAGGUCUCCCAGCAUACACACAGUUUGUCAGGGAAUGAAUGGUGAUGAGACAGCUUAGUUAAUCUGUUAGGUGUUGUGAAAUCUUGCCACCAACUACAUUCCAUGGCUCUAGUUAAAGUUCUGAGGUCUUCCAAGAGUGUUUCUAUGGUUCUAGUGACAGAUGAAUGUGAUUUCUGCAUUAUUAACAGGGGAAAUGCUCUUGAAAACCUGGUUAAGUGUCUCUGUGGCCUUGGAAUGUAAUUGUGGUAAGAGAGAAGUGUUUUUUUUUUCUUUUUUUUUUUUUUAGAUUUUCAAAGUUUAGUGUGUUGGUGUGUGUGUUGCCAUCAGCUGUGCCUCGUGACUCCUAGUGUUCCCUCAUGCAUUGUUGUCUAUCUGUCUGUCUGUCUGUCUGUCUGUCUGUUUGUCUUGUCAGUCUGUUCAUCUGGAAGUCAUUGGUGUUCAUUCUUAGUUGCUCUAGAAUGAGUUGUCUAAAUUUGCAAGUGUUUAAUUUAAGUCUUUCUUUUUUUUUAAGUGUUGUAAAAUUUUAAAAAGUUACAUUUGAGUGAGGUUUAUGGUUUUUUUAGUGCUGUAAAGUUUUAAAAAGUUACAUUUGGAUUAAUUUCAUGUUUUUCCAUUGCUGUUCAAUUCUAAAGCAUUCAAUUUUGGUCUGGUUUAUGUUUCCGAGUGCUGUAAAGUUUUAAAAGUAUUAUAUUUGGAUCAAUUUUUAUGUUUUUCCCAGAGCUGUUUAAUUUCAAAGCAUUCAAUUUUGGUCUAGUUUAUAUUUCCAAGUGCUGUAAAGUUUUAAAAGUGCUCAGUUUGACUCAGCUUUAUAUUCCCCCAGUGCUGUAAUUCAUAAGACCAUAAACAAGGAGUGACAGGAAGAAAAGUGAGUGUUUUUAUUGAGGCUAUGAUCUGGCAAUAUUGUAUGAUACUAUUUUUUUCUUUUUUUUUACACUGUAGUUUGUAAGAGUGAAAAUUUUUGAUAAAAGAAAGAAAAAGUGAGUGUUUUUUGAUAUGAGAGAAAGAAAAUGAGUGUUUUUAUUGAGGUUAUGAGAAUGAUCUGGCAAUAUUGUAUGAUAUUAUUUUUUUCCCUCUCUUUUUUUUACACUAGUUUGUAAGAGUGAAAAUUUUUGAUAGAAGAAAGAAAAAUGAGUGUUUUUUUUAUGAGGUAAAGGAAAUGAGGUUGUAAUAGGAAAUGUGCGGUUUUUUUCCUCUUUUCCUCUUUUCAUAAAAGAAGUGAUGCUGUUCAUAGUAUAAAUAAAAUCCUUUAUUAUUAUUAUUAUUAUUAUUAUUAUUAUUAUUAUUAUUAUUAUUAUUAUUAUUAUUAUUAUUAUUCUCUCCAUUUUCUAUAUUCCCCAACCUAUUGUACAUGGGGAGGUCAGAUUGGGGGGAAGGCUAGUGGGGGGUAAGUCUUCACACACCCCUGUCCUUCCCCAAUUACCCCAUACAAGUCUAAUAAGGGCCAAUAGGUCUGGUGCUGUUUGUUCUUUCUUUGUGUUAGGUUGGGUUGGUAUGUUCUCCUUUGUUUAUUUAUUUAUUUAUUUUUUUGUAUUUUUUUUUUAAUGUUUUGGAAUAUUAAACACUUUUAUUGCUGUUAUACUCUCUCUCUCUCUCUCUCUCUCUGAAGAUAUAUGAAAUUCUUGUACCACCACCACCGCCACCACCACCACCACCACCACCACCACCCCAAAUGACUAACUAGUUAAGGUGAUGCUAAUUAAUUACAUCUGAAUGAGCCUAAAGAGUUAACCAGGGGUGGGUGUCUGAGUAAUUAAGCUGUAGGUGUGCUGUCUCAUUAAUUAACAGGUGUGCUCCCUUGUAUUCUUGAGUAGAUUUUUCCUUUUUCCACUUUUCUCAAUUUUUUUUCCCUUCUGAUGCUGUUUUUUUUUUUAGUGUUUAUUUAUCACUGUUAUCAUCAUUAUCAUCACUAUUAUUAUCACUAUUUCGUUGAAGUGUUCUGUUUUUUUCCCAUUUCUCUCUCAUUUAUUUUUCCAUGACACCGUUUUAUAUGUGUACUUGUCACCAUCACCACUAUCAUCAUCAUUAUUUUGCUUAUCACUCCUAUUUACUACACAUCCAUCUCUCUAUAUACCCCGACAAGACACUAAUCUAUCUGUCUAUCUUUACCAGGCUGGCAAAGUCACACAUGGCAGAACAGAAAGCACUAAUUUAUCUAUCAGUCUAUUUACCAGACCAGCAACCUCACACAGGCCAGCCCAGACAAGGCACCACACACACACACAGACACACAUACACACAAACACAGUCACUCUUAAGCCCUUUAUCCUGUGGCAGAGACUACAAAAACCACCUCUAUGCUCCCUGUGUAUAGUGAAAAGGGACUUAAAUGAGCAGGAUGUGAGCUGGUAACUGUCCUUCCUCUAUUUGGCAUCUUGUAAACAAAGCAUAUCACUUCAUUUGUAUAUCAAGAUGUGAAAAGUUUUCCUGGUUAAGUUUGGGUGACUUGAGUGAGUUUAGUUGUUAAUUAUGGUUUGUGUGGAGCAGGAUCUGGAAUUCCCUGCCUGCUUCUGUAUUUCCUCCUUCCUGGGAAUUGAAUGCUUAUAAGAGGGAGGUUUCAAGACACUUAUCCUCCAGUUUGUGACCUUGUUUUGACCUUUUUUGAGGGUCUGGCAUCUCCCAAGUGGGCCUUUUAUUUAUUUAUUUAUAUUUUUUAUUGUUUUGUUGCCCAGUGUCUCCUUAUAUAUAUAAAAAAAAAAGGCAGAUUUAUUUAGCUUUCUGUCCCUAAUUCAAUACUGCCAAUUUUAAUCACACACACAUGAAAAAAAAUAGAAAAACAAGAUUAUAUAGAACCAUUAUAAUCCCCAUUACUCCCAUUAUUGAAAAAAAAAGGAAAAAAUAAUUCACUUUUAUUAUUUUCUUCCCUCCUGUCACUCCCAUUCCAAAUUAGAGAAUCAGAAAGCACUGUAGCUCAUCACCCAUCACCUUAUGAGAGAGAACCCCCUUCAUAUCCCCUUCCUUCAUCUCCCGUCACCUUAUAAGAGAGAGACCUUCAUCCCUUCUCCCAUCACCACACUCAUUUCUCUCUCUCUCUCUCUCUCUCUCUCUCUCUCUCUCUCUCUCUCUCUCUCUCUCUCUCUCACUUCCCUCCCUUCCUCCACCACCUGUUAGUGUGUGGUGGGGUUCAGACAGGUGUGUGGAGCAGGUGUGGUGACAGUUGUGGAAUAAUAUGUUUGCAAAGGAUAAUUCAUGUUUUCUUUUAUAUUUUGCUUUAUUUUUUCUUCCCGUUUAUCAUUUAUUAUCAUUAUUAUUGCCUAGAGGUUAUUCUUAUUUGUCGGCUCUCUACUUCUCAGUCUGGCAUUUGCAGUAUACUCUCAUUUCCCAUUCCUAACCUUCCCAUUCCUGAUCUCCACCCUAAUCACCAUUCCUACCUAACCAUACCCUUAGAAGAUAGCCCAUUCCUGUUCUUUCACCCCUCGCUUCACCCUAAAACACCCUAGCCUUACCUUCCCUACCAUUACACACAAACACACACACACACACACACACACCUUCUUUCAGUCAUCUCUGACCCUUAAACCCUAUACCACACUGACCUCCCUGAUACCAACCUGACCCCUUGCCCUCCCUCCCUGACCAUAUCUUCGCCUCAACCCUGCCCAGUCAACCACAUAUCUUCGCUCUCCUGCUCCUGUAGCUUGGCAGGGGCAUUAUACUGGCCCCGCCCCACCCCGCCCCGCCCCGAUUAGCCCUGAGUGAGUGGUUAUAUAAUGUUUGUACGUUUUCUGUAUAAUUUUGUAUGUAAUUUUAUAUAUAUGGAAUUAUUAUUGCUAUGAUACUACUAUCACAUAAAUGUUGUAAAUCCGAGUA